AUGUCUGCCCCCGCCGCAAGAUCCAGACACGCAGAGGGAGGUUCUGCAACUAGUCCCCGCGGGUGGGAGGGCCUUUGCCCAAUACUCCCAAGGCCGCCUCAGCUCGGUCCAACGAAGACGCUUUUCAAGUACAAACAGCCACGCAAUGCUGCUCUUCCGGACGCUGACUCCGUCUGGCGCGUACCGCCGACCUCUCCGGCCGCCCCAAAGGGACAGGGAAAGAGCGCCACAUACACCUCGAGGCCCUCCCUCCAACGGGGAAACGCAGGAGCCUUCUGUACCCACCACCAACGUGGAGCAGACACCGCGCUGCUGCCUCCGAGAUGCCCUGCUGUCCAUGGGGCUGGAAGGUGCCCCUGCGCCUCAGGAGCUGCGGUGGAUGCUGCCGCAGCGUCGCCUUUCCAGAACGCAGGCCUUGAGGGGAAUUCUCAAAGUUAUGCAGCGGUCGCCUCAGCGCUCUCCUUGGGCAACAACGGCGAUGCCCUCAAUUGCCCGGCAUCGCGUCUAACGACCCCGGUAUCUCUCCGCAUGAUCUUCUAUACAGGAAUCUACUACGUAUUCGUCCUUGUGUUGCUGUUGGGGUGGCUGCUGUGGAGGCGCACACUUUGGGGUUACUACCUAAGGAGGCAGUGCAAACAGGAGGCUCUACGGCGAGGGGCGGCAUCUUCUGCAGCACGCACAGGGGGUGCGGGGGCCAGCACGAAUGAGAGUGGAUCGGAAUCGGCGAGCGAUCGCAAUGCCAAAAGAGAGACGCCAAAAAAAGAUUACGUGUGGGCCAGCCCGAUUAUUCAACAUGGUGGUAUGCUCUUUCAAGAGUACGGAUACAAGCUGUCUCCCAUGGGGUUCUUGGUGUAUGGACUGGUUAUUCUAUCGAUUGUUGUGUCGGUGCUGCUGCCCUUUUUCGCUGGAUUUGCUGCGAACUCGGUGACGCCAGCGGAUAAGCUCACCAGAUACGUGCCGCUUUCCUUAUACGAAGGGCUAUCAGGGUCACCACUGAGCUCGGCGGAAGAUGCAGCAGUUGUAGCAGCUAGUCCGCAGUGUAUCACCCUCAGAGUCUACAUUUUUUCUGGUUGCUUCAUUUGGUGUCUGCUGUGGAUGGUGGUCGUGCACAUUUGGCGACAGGAGAUCCGCCGGCUUGUUUAUUCGCCCUGUGUACUCUCAAGGAGCACCCAUAUUCUUGUGGACAGGAAGCUGCAGAAGAUUUUGCUGCGGCCUGAAAGGCGCCAAGAAGCGCCCAUCAAGAGGAGCAACGGCACGACGGAUAUGGAUUUCCUGAAGGACAGGGAAGACAUUGGAGAGCCCCCACUAACCACAAAUCUUACCUCUGUGUGCGAGUUGCCGCACGCUGCUGGCCGAUAUGCGGAGGCCUCCCGAGUGCGCAUGGUCUACGAUCCCAUGAAGGGUUAUUUCGUGCCUGCUGCUGCAAUGUACGAGCGGCAAGCGAGGAAGGCGGCAGAGGCUUUAGCGGGAUUUGGAGCAGAGGCGGACUCCCAUGGAGGCCUUCAAGAAGAUGCCGUUUCUGGCUGUCUUGAGAGCCUUUCGCGCAAUCUUCUGGAUCCCAAAGAGGUAGUAAAGCGGCGUUAUGUGGAUGGCGAGCUUGGGCUGUGGUGGACUGUGCGUCCCGUGUCAAGCCUCCUUGUUGCCUCUUUCCUGCAGGAUGAGUUUUACCUCAUUACUCUUAUGGCCCUGUGGUAUCAGGCGUUCGCUCUCAACAACCUGCAGGCGGUUAUUCUUCUAGCGUUGCCCAUCGUGGAGCUCACGUUUGGGGUCUGCUCUUUGCGGAGGGGAGAGAGGCAGCUCGAGCGCCUCAUGGAACGAGAAGCCGAAAAAUUAGAAAACCGAAGGAUUCUUGUCCUCCGGCUCAAGGCAGAAGAGGCCGAAGGCGCUGCUGCUACUUUGGGGAAGGAGCCGCAUGCCUCGGAGUCGGCGGAGAGAAAGAACCCGCUGCCCCCCCGCUUUGUUCUGACGAGAGCGCGUGCGAGCGAGGUGAUCCCGGGUGACCUGCUGUUGCUGCAGGCAGGGGAUGAGGCACCCUGCGAUAUGUUGUUGGUGCAUGGUUCCCUCUCGUUAGAUGAGUCGCAUCUUACAGGGGAGACUGAGCCAGUCCUUAAGGUGCCCUUGGGGAACCCCUCUCCCCCAAUGUCUAUGGAGAGCGUGGAUUCGGACUGGGGUUCAGCGAAAGUGGCGGAAGACGAAGUGCUCGACCCUUCCAAUAUUGCCAGCAGCGCCAUCACGUGUGUGUAUGCUGGAUCGAAGAUUGUUCACACGAGCUGCAGGAGUGACCUCGCGGCCACGAUGUUUGAGCUCGAUUCAGUUGGCGAAGGCGAGGCUCCGGCGGAGCCAAUGGAAAAGGACGUCGAGGAUCCUGUGUCUCUCCUUCUAGGGGACGAUUGCUGCUGGGGGAUGGCGGUGCGCACUCACGGGGAGACCAUGCAGGGCCAGUUGCUUCGCCAGUUGCAUCUGCCAACAGUCAUUCGGUUCAAGUACCACGAACAGUUUCCCCUUGUCCUAUUAGCCGUCAUAUUCUUUGCCUUCGCACUCAUGGCUAUACAGUCGCCUUUCACGAAGAAUAUAGUGGAUGCCUUUCGAUUUGCGAUAGAAAAGCUUCUUAGAAUGGUGCCCUUGUACCUCCCUGCCCUCUGGGGUAUCUGCGCGAGUCUUAACGCCAAACGACUGGGGGCAGGCCGCUUUAGGACCAAGCAGCUGCCGUAUCCUCAGACGUACAAAGCAGCAGCUGUCCUCCCCGGGUUGCUGCCCCUCGCAGCCAAGAUUCGCGUUGUUUGCUUCGACAAAACAGGCACGCUAACGCAAAAUGAACUCUGUCUUUUGGGAGCUCACCCCGUCUCUGGAGGGGCUUUCGAGCGCCUCGUCCGAUAUAAACCACAGGAAGAGGAGGCGGCGGAAGGCACCAAGAGCAUCUUUGUCGACGAACAAGAGGAGACGGAGCAGCCUGUGACGCAGUACAAUCGGGAACCUGUGGAAGGAACCCUUAGUGUUCCUCUGCGUCAGUGCCUGGCCUGUUGUAACGGCCUCCGUGUCACCGCACACGGGGUAGCCGCGUGGACUCGCAAGCAGCAGGCAGCCUUCAGAGAGCAAAGCGUUCUCACAGGAAAGGAGCUCGGGAAGAUUUCCAGCAUGACGCCCGCCCUCACUUAUGCAGAUCUGGAGGGAGGCUGUAUCGAGAAGCAGGCCCUCGCGGUCAGCGGCUAUCACUUUGUGGAAAUCGCGUCUGCCAAUCUGACAACAGCUAAGUUUCCUCGACUCUUAAGGGCCACCACUACAUGGGCAGCUGAGCUUCAGAAGCAGCGGAACACGCGGCAGUUUGUUAUCCCUCGCGAUCAUGCGCAAGAAGCCGAGGCGGAGCCUAUGCUAGAGAUCCUGCAGACAUACGGGAUCGAUCAGAUCACGGGGAUGGUCACAGUUGUCGUGCGGGAAUGCCGUGACACUGGAGGCUGCAAGGGGCAGAAGGGCUACAUAUACACGAAGGGGCGGUACGAGGAAGUUGCAAGGAUAUGUAGAGGUUCUACAGUGCCUUCAGACUAUCUUUCGGCCGCGAAGCAGCACGUCAAGGCCGGAGUGUACGUUAUGGGGGCAGCGUAUAGGGAGUUGACACCGCAGGAGCUCGCUACACUUGACGAGCAAAGAGAGGCCCUUCCCCGUCGGCAAUUAGAGAGUGACCUCGAGUGUCUUGGUCUCGUGCUGUUCAGAAACGAGCUUCGUACGGAUGCCAAAGACGCUGUCGAAGAACUUUGUGCUGGAGGCAUCCACUGUGUUAUGCUCACGGGAGACAACCCCUACACGGCAAUUGCAGUGGCGCGCCGUGCCAACCUUGUACGGCCGCGCAGGCAGGCGCAAGACACGCGUCAAGGAGGCUCGGAGGACGCAGCAGCAGAAGAAGAAGAAGAAGAAGACUUCAAGGAGGGGCCCCCCGUGCUGCUAGGAAACGCGACUGUGGAACCUGGAGAGCCUUCCCUUUCAGGGUUGGGGGAGUUUCACGGCGUCAAAUGGACAGACGUGCGCACGGGCGAGGACAUUGAUCCUUGGAGAGUGUAUUACACAAACGAAUUCAAGGAGUUAGCACUGACCAUGGCUGCUGCAAAAAUUCUGAUGAUGGAGCCAGACAAGCAAUCGGCGGAUCAUGUAGGAGACGCAGCAGACGACAUCGAAGACCCUUGGCGACGGACACCCAGAGAAGAAGCUUUCAAAGAACACGCGGAGCGAGUUGCGCUGCUCUCUGAGCGACUCGAUUGGCAGAGUGGCGUGCCCUCUCUCUUUGAUCGCAUCUUCUUCCGCAUCCGCGUUUUUGCGCGCAUGUCGCCCAUGGGCAAGAAGCUGGUGAUUCUUCACUACCAGAGAAGAGGCCUCACCACGUGCAUGGUGGGAGACGGUAGCAAUGACUCUCUGGCCAUUCGGCAAGCGGACGUCGGGGUUGAAAUGGGCCAGGUACAGCCCGCGCCCUUCUCUGCACCCUUCGCCAUUUUCCACACUGGUGGCAAACCGACUUCGGAGGGUUCCACGGAAUGCACUCAUGGCAAGGACGGAGUAAGGGGCCUUGUGGAUAUCGUGCGAGUCGGCCGCUGCAGCCUCAGCACCGCCAUGGCAAUUUAUAAACUGCACAUAUCGUAUGGUUUGUUGGCAGCCACUGCCAGUCUGCUGAUCGUGGUGGCCCAAUACAGCGGCAUGAACGCCAUUGCAGGCCUCUUCCUGGAUCUUGUCGUCUUACUUGGCCUCUCCUUCUCAAUGCUGUUCUCUACCCCGACGAACGGUCCCCUGGCACCCAAAUCGCCACCCUCCUCGCCCUUCGGGGCAGGAGUCAUGACCUCUGUCCUCACGCUUGUCGCCGUUGACUUGGGCAGCUUAGCGCUGCUGCUCUACCUGUUCUAUGGUCCGGGGGCGUUCCCUGAACCUUGCUACUGGGUGCAGUCCAGAAUACACAGGGAACUGACUUCUAGUUCAGAGAAGAAAGAGCUUUCGUCGGUUCCGGAGACGCUCGACCCUCAGAAGACAGGCCUCUUUUUAGAGAGGGCGGCUGUGGUACGACAGAACCCUAGCGCGCCUUUGCAAGGAGGCCGUGAGACACCUCAGGGGAAUUCAGAGCUCUCAGAGAAUAGAGAGCGUGCAGUGCAGCGCGCGGGGGUAGUAUCGCCCUCUCUCCUGCAGAACGACCUCUCACUGAGUGGUGGUGCCUCGUCACCUUCGGGGAAAACGGCCGAGGUUGAGGGAGAGCCCUCUUUCAUGGACGUCGCAGCCUCUCUCUCUGAAGCCCUAAAGGCCCCUCUGGAGUCCAUCUCGAUGCCGCUCAAGCAUGCGAAUUCAGCCUUCCUUCCAGCAGAGCUCGACACCGCCAGGAGCCACUGGAGUCUCCCUGCAUUUAUGCAUACUGACGUGGCCGUCGCAAUAGGGGGAGGCAGCAGCGGCGGGGGGGCCCUGUAUGCCCCCCCAUACGACGCCUUGGAGAGGGGGAACGUUUGCAGCACUGAUGGGCAUACUGAGGCCGGGCUGGUUUUUAUUUGGACUGGAAUUUGCGUGCUGCACGCGGGAGUGCUAUUUAUUAGUGGCAACGUGUUCAGGAGGUCCGCGUGGCGCAACCGAGUAUUGCUGCCAUUUUCCCUUCUGUUAUUUAUCUUCUUUCUCUGCAUUACGCUUCUCCCUCCGAACCCUUUCUCGUGCGUUUUCAACGUCAACUGCACCGUUGAAGCGUCUCAAGGGCUUCGAAACAGCGUGGCAUUCCCCGCCGUCCAGGCUUUGGCCGGCGACUCCGCCUCGAGCAUCCUACAUGACGCUAGCGACGGGCCCCCCACUGUAGAGGCUGCAGCGAACAGGGCCGCAACGGAGCUUUCCUGGGAAGCUCGCUCGAAUGGCUCCGACAGUGCCAGCACCCUGGUGCAGCGCCGAACGGCGGACCAGGAUUUAGAUCAGGAGCCAUCGAUCGUCGGAGGCGCGGAAUACAUGCGACAGGAAGAACAAAAAGUACAUCAUCUAUGGACAGACGAGGAAGCCGCCAUUCUCUGGAGAUGGUUUGGUAAGAUCAUGCUCUGCGUCCUCUUGGGCGCUUGUCUUCUCAAUACGCUGAUACAACUUAUCUGCCUUCACAAGGUCUCAUUCACCGAGUGGUGGAGCGCAUGCCGCUCACGCCAAAGGCGGGGAAACUCUGUGCCACUUUAA